UUUAUCUGUAGAUUAAUUUUUGACUCUCGUUUCACUUCCGAAUUGUCGUUGUCAUGCUGUCAAUUUUUUGAUUACUCACGAAGUUGCUGGCCAGUGCAUUUUGUUCUGAAUUAACCAUCAAAAAUAUAAAUAAUGUUCUUAACUCGUUCAGAGUACGAUCGUGGAGUCAACACAUUCAGCCCCGAAGGGAGGCUGUUUCAAGUCGAAUAUGCCAUAGAGGCUAUAAAACUCGGUUCUACCGCGAUCGGUAUUUCAACUUCUGAAGGUGUUGUUUUGGCUGUUGAAAAAAGGAUAACUUCGCCCUUAAUGGAACCAACUACUAUUGAAAAAAUUGUAGAAGUUGACAGACACAUUGCUUGUGCUGUUUCCGGGUUAAUGGCGGAUUCCAGAACUCUAAUAGAGAGAGCCCGAGUAGAAUGCCAGAACCACUGGUUUGUAUACAAUGAGCGCAUGAGUGUUGAGUCAUGUGCACAAGCUGUGUCUAACUUGGCUAUACAGUUUGGAGAUAGUGAUGAUGAUAGUGGAACAGCUAUGUCCAGGCCAUUUGGAGUAGCUGUUAUGUUUGCAGGCAUUGACGAGAAGGGCCCUCAGCUAUUCCAUAUGGAUCCCAGUGGUACAUUUGUCCAAUAUGAUGCUAAGGCCAUUGGCUCUGGUAGUGAAGGUGCUCAACAAAGUUUGAAGGAAGUGUAUCACAAGUCAAUGACCCUCAAAGAAGCGAUUAAGUCUGCACUAACAAUUCUGAAACAGGUUAUGGAAGAAAAGCUAUCUGAGAACAAUGUAGAGGUUGUUACAAUGACACCAGAGUCAAUGUUCCACAUGUUUACUAGGGAGCAACUUGCCGAGGUCAUUAAGGAUAUACCUUGAACUCUUAUACUAGGGAUAGUUAAAGCAUGGUUUAGUAUACAGUUUUGUUUAUUUUAAUACUAAAUAUGAAAAAAUAAUAAUUAAGUAAACAAUAAAAUUUUAAUUUCACUCAAAUUCAUACAAACUGAAUUCUAUCCAUGCUGCAACUAUCUAUUUUAUGUAUGUUCCGGUAGUAUUUGAAGUAAAUUGUAUAAUUUGGAUAAGUA